GCGCCCCCGAGGAAUAUUUACUACUUUGGCCGCUCUGCCUUUACACAACGCUGCCAAAAAAAUUCUCUGUAAAUCGCACUAAAACAGAGAGCAUUAAUGGCUCGUCAAGCCACUAAACUGAUCGCAAAUCUGUCAACAAAACUGAGCUCAAGCAACCCUACACAGUACAGAUUCUUUGGAUCGACACCGCCACCACCAGCUGUGUUCGUUGAUAAGAACACACGUGUCAUCUGUCAAGGCAUUACUGGCAAAAACGGCACUUUCCACACCGAACAAGCCAUUGAAUAUGGCACCAAAAUGGUUGGUGGAGUGACACCCAAGAAGGGUGGAACAGAACACUUGGGUCUUCCUGUUUUCAACACUGUUGAAGAAGCAAAAGCAGAGACGAAAGCUAAUGCUUCGGUGAUCUAUGUACCUCCUCCUUUUGCUGCAGCUGCUAUUAUGGAGGGAUUGGAGGCUGAAUUGGACUUAAUUGUCUGCAUCACAGAGGGAAUUCCUCAACAUGAUAUGGUUCGUGUAAAAGCUGCUCUUAAGAAGCAAUCGAGAACUCGGCUGAUUGGUCCGAAUUGUCCAGGUAUUAUAAAACCAGGAGAGUGCAAAAUUGGUAUUAUGCCUGGAUACAUUCACAAACCAGGACGUAUUGGAAUUGUUUCUCGAUCUGGCACACUGACAUAUGAAGCGGUUUUCCAAACAACUGCUGUAGGCCUUGGGCAAUCAACCUGUGUAGGGAUUGGUGGUGAUCCUUUCAAUGGUACAAACUUUGUUGAUUGCUUAGAGAAAUUUAUUGCUGAUCCACAGACGGAAGGUAUUGUUCUUAUUGGUGAGAUCGGUGGCACAGCAGAAGAAGAUGCUGCAGCCCUCAUAAAGGAAAGUGGAACUCAAAAGCCUGUAGUUGCUUUUAUUGCUGGAUUGACUGCUCCCCCUGGACGGCGAAUGGGUCAUGCAGGAGCUAUUGUAUCAGGUGGAAAGGGAACAGCCCAAGACAAAAUCAAAGCACUAAAAGAAGCUGGGGUUACAGUGUGUGAAUCUCCUGCAAAAAUUGGAGUCUCAAUGCUGGAAGUGUUCAAACAGAGGGGUCUUGUGUAAGCCUGUGGCAUAACAUCUCCAUUCGAAAAUUGUUUUUGCUUGUUUGUUCGCGGGCAUGUGCUAAAUUAUGCCCCGUUAUCCCCCAUAACCCAUUUUUGGCAGAUAAUAACAAAGAGAAAUUUGAUGGAUAUACAUUGUUAUCCAAGAACUGUCAAGAAACUGUGACAGGGUUUAUUGUUGAUACUUCAGAAUUCAUUGUUAUUUUAGGUCCGAAUUUUCAUGU